GCCAUUCAGUAUCUGAAGGAGCUGCUGAGUCAUAGGGACUGCGAAUCAAGUUCAUGGGGGAUGGACAACUUCUUUUCCAGACGGAGAAAGCAAUGGGAGAAAUCCAGCUACAGUAACUUGGCAAUUCUAAAGCAGGUGUCUGCAGCACAGCAGCCAACACUUCUGGAGCACAUGGCCCUGGAGUGAAGGAUUCUGGAGCCCACAUUCAUCUGAAGGGGAUCCGAGGAGGUUCUGUCUUGUUGAAUGUGAUUGAGAAGCCCAGAGUAGAUGCAGGAGCCGAGCUGGAGGAGGUUAUAUGGGCUCUGGGCACUCUGUCGAAUCAUACACAGGUGCUGUGAGUCCACAGCAGGGCCAACUCUCCAACCUGGGUCGGCCUCCAGGACAAGUUCAAGCAGAGGGUCCAUGUGCCCAGUGUGUUGUCCCUGAGGAUUGAGAACCUGGCUCCUGAAGACAGUGGGCAGUACAUGGCCGUGAUCCGCUUAACUGGGGGACGAUUAUCUGGCCAGGUUUUCUACCUCACUGUCUAUGAGCCUGUGCCUCACCCUGAGAUCCUGGCAAAGUCACUGUCUAUCACACCAGGCUUGUGUAACAUCACCCUGGAGUGUAGAGUUCCAGGGGCCACAGAGGACCUGAAUGUGACUUGGGAGAGCAAGGGCCUCCUUGGAGAGCUGGAGCAGAGAGAAACACCAGGACCAGCCCCCAACCCCUGGACCCUGGCUGUGAGCCUGCCCCUGAGCCAGCGGAACAGCAGUCUCACCUGUGUGGUCAGCAACCACGUGCAUCAGAAAGCUGUUACCUUAGUCCUUGGGAAAGUCUGUGUCAAGGAACAGGUUCACACAAACAGGACAUGGCUAGACUGCUGCCAGGCAUCCUACGGGCUGUUGUGGGUGUCCUGUUGGUACUGGGAGCUGGGCUCUACCUUUUGAAUAAUAAUAAGAAGAAGAU